GGUCCCGGUGGUUUAAACGGAGACUGAGCAGCGAAGCGCAAAACCGCGGAGCCUCUGGGUCGGAUUUAGUGUUUUCAGAGCGGCGAGCGCCUUUUAUAACGAGUGUCAUGGACCUUCGCGCUGUUUACCGUAAUACAGAGAACCAAGCGCCGGUCGGCGGUAAGGCCGGAGUGACCAACGCUGGAGCCAGGCGGGCUGCCCUGGGCGAGCUCUCUAACUUCGCCGCCAAGCCUGCGAAAGCCACGAAAGGCUUGAAGUCUGCAGCUCAUGCUGCUGCUGUGCAGCCUAAACGUGCUCCAGUGGUGCCGGAGGUCUGCCCUCCUCCGGCUCCAGCUCCUCCAGUUCAAGCUGAUGUCUCCAUGAAGGAGGAAGACGACCUGUGCCAGGCGUUUUCAGAUGCGCUGUGUCCCAUCGAGGACAUCGACAAGGGUGAUGCAGAGAUACCGCAGCUGUGUGCUGAAUAUGUGAAGGACAUCUAUGUGUACCUCCGCAGCCUUGAGGCCCAGCAGUCAGUUAAACCAAGGUACAUGGAUGGUUAUGAGAUCAAUGAGCGCAUGCGUGCUCUCCUGGUUGACUGGCUCAUUCAGGUGCACUCAAGGUUCCAACUGCUUCAGGAGACCUUGUACAUGACUGUGGCCGUCCUUGAUCGCUUCCUUCAGGUCCAGCCAGUGUCUCGAAGGAAGUUGCAGCUAGUGGGGGUCACUGCUAUGCUGGUUGCCUCCAAGUAUGAAGAAAUGUAUGUGCCAGAAGUUGGUGACUUUGCCUACAUCACAGACAACGCCUUCACAAAACCCCAGAUACGUGAAAUGGAGAUGCUCAUCCUCAGAGAGCUGAACUUUGAGCUUGGACGGCCUUUGCCCCUUCACUUCCUCAGGAGGGCUUCCAAAGCUGGAAAUGCUGAUGCUGAGAAGCACACACUUGCCAAAUAUUUCCUUGAACUGACCCUCCUGGACUAUGACAUGGUUCACUACCAUCCAUCAGAGACUGGUGCAGCUGCCCUCUGCCUCUCUCAGCUUGUGCUUGAUGGACAGAAAUGGUCUCCAACACAGGAGCACUACACUACAUACAGCGAGGCCCACCUGAAGCCCAUAAUGCAGCACAUGGCCAAAAAUGUGGUCAAGGUUAACGAAGGGCUCACAAAAUAUGUGGCAGUAAAGAAAAAGUAUUCCAGCAGCAGGCUAAUGAAGGUCAGCCUACUUCCACAGCUGAAGGCCGCCCUGCUGAAGGACCUGGCUGCUCCUCUGCUGCCCACCUCAUGAGCCUGCUCAUGAAAUGGAUUUCUACUGAUCUGCACUUUAUUCCCAAUCAGCCAUCAGAGAUGGAUGGACUGCUGCUUUGUGAUUGUUUGUAUAUAUGCAAAUAAACAGGUUUUACAUUUUAACCAUUUUA